AUGACCCCGCCCUCAGAAUUUAUCGCCAACGGAAUUUCCCAGUUGCAUUGGAUGCCCUCAUUCCCUCUACUUCGCCGUUCCCUCGCAACCUUGACCACGAAACCCCUCCGGAGAAUCGAGUCUGCUAAGCAACUUGCUAAAAGAAUGGCUUCUCUUCCUAGCACCUACGCGGACCCUGUCCGUAUCGCGGUCAUCGGUGGCACUGGUCUCCGCGAACUCCCUGGUUUCACUCAGGUUGCUUCCUUGAACAUUUCGACUCCCUGGGGCACUCCCUCCUCCCCGAUCACGAUCCUGCACCACCAGUGCUCUCACAACAACCAGACCGUCGCUGUCGCUUUCCUCAGUCGUCACGGCCAGCACCACCAGAUUGCGCCCCAUGAGGUGCCUGCCCGCGCCAACAUCGCUGCCCUGCGCUCCAUUGGUGUCCGCACCAUCGUUGCCUUCUCGGCCGUCGGUAGCUUGCAAGAGGAGAUCAAGCCUCGCGACUUCGUGAUCCCAGACCAGGUCAUUGACCGCACCAAGGGCAUCCGGCCUUUCACAUUCUUCGAGGGAGGUGUGGUUGGUCACGUUCCCUUCGGAGACCCAUUCGACGAGGGUGUUGCCAAGGUUGUGAGGGCUUGCGGCCACAGCCUCGAGGGCGAGGGUGUUGUGCUGCAUGACCGCGGCACAUUGGUGUGCAUGGAGGGACCUCAGUUCUCCACUCGCGCUGAGAGCAAGCUCUACCGCUCUUGGGGAGGCAGCGUCAUCAACAUGUCUUGUCUUCCUGAGGCGAAGCUUGCCCGUGAGGCCGAGAUUGCCUACCAGAUGAUCUGCAUGUCCACCGACUAUGACUGCUGGCACGAGGCUACCGCCGAUGUCACCGUGGAAAUGGUCAUGGGAAAUAUGAAGGCCAAUGCUGAGAACGCUAAGCACUUCGUCACUGCCGUCCUCGAUGAGCUCGCCUCUGACAAGAACUCCGAACUCGUCCAAGCCAAGCAUGUGGAAGGUUCUGUCAAGUUUGGUCUCAGCACUGCCCAGCCCAACUGGAGCCCUGAAGCUAGAGAGAGAAUGAACUGGCUUUUCCCUGGAUACUUCAACUAA